AUGGUGUUUAUCUGGGGAGGAAGGCUGAGGUCCCAGCGUCUGCUGCUCUCGCUUCUGCUCCUCACUGCCUGGGAAUCAGGGAGCGGCCAGCUCCACUACUUGGUCCCCGAGGAGGCCAAACACGGCACCUUCGUGGGCCGCAUCGCGCAGGACCUGGGGCUGGAGCUGACGGAGCUGGUGCCGCGCCUGUUCCGGGUGGCGUCCAAGGGCCGCGGGGACCUUCUGGAGGUAAAUCUGCAGAAUGGCAUUUUGUUUGUGAAUGGUCGGAUCGACCGGGAGGAGCUGUGCGGGCGCAGCGCGGAGUGCAGCCUGCACCUGGAGGUGAUCGUGGACAGGCCGCUGCAGGUGUUCCACGUGGAGGUGGAGGUGAGCGACAUUAACGACAACCCACCUUUCUUCACAGAAAUAGAACAGAAGGUACUCAUUUCUGAGUCUGUCCCUCUGGACAGUCAGUUUCCUCUAGAGGGCGCUUCUGAUGCAGAUAUAGGUGUUAAUUCUCUUCUGACCUACAUGUUAAGUGUAAAUGAGUAUUUUGCACUUAAAAUAGUAACAAAAAAGGAUAAGAAUGUAUUGCCUGUAUUAAUUCUUCGGAAGUUACUGGAUAGAGAAGAAACGCAAGAACUGAGCUUAUCAUUGAUGGUCAUUGAUGGAGGUAAACCAGAGUUAACAGGCUCUGCUCAGAUUCAAGUAACCAUCUUGGACGUCAAUGACAACGCACCUGAGUUUGAUAAGCCUAGUUAUAGAGUUAUGCUGUUUGAAAAUGUCCAAAAUGACACAAGAGUAAUUCAAGUAAACGCUUCUGAUCCAGACGAAGGUUUGAAUAGAGAAAUUUCCUAUGGAAUCAGAAAGAUUAUGCCAAGGAGCGAAAAAUGUCUAUUUUCAAUAAAUGCAGACACUGGUGACAUUAGAAUUUAUGGGAACCUGGAUUUUGAAGAGAACAAUGCUUAUGAAAUUCAAAUUAAUGCCAUUGAUAAAGGAAUUCCUUCCAUGGUAGGGCACAGCAUGGUUCUGGUGGAAGUUCUGGACCUGAAUGACAACAUACCGGAGAUAAUCAUUACUUCAAUGUCACUCCCUGUGCCAGAGGAUGCACAAGUGGGUACGGUCAUCGCCCUGAUCAGCGUGUCCGACCGUGACUCUGGUGCCAAUGGACAGGUCACCUGUUCCCUAAUGCCCCGCACCCCUUUCAAGCUGGUGUCCACCUUCAAAAAUUACUAUUCAUUAGUGCUGGACAGCGCCCUGGACCGAGAGACCACCUCUGACUAUGAGUUGGUGGUGACCGCGCGUGAUGGGGGCUCGCCUCCGCUGUGGGCCACCGCCAGCGUGUCGGUGGAGGUGGCCGACGUGAACGACAACGCGCCCGUGUUCGCACAGGCCGAGUACACGGUGUUCGUGAAGGAGAACAACGCGCCCGGCUCGCACAUCUUCACGGUGUGGGCGCGCGACGCGGACGCGCAGGAGAACGCGCGCGUGUCGUACUCGCUGGUGGAGCGGCGGGUGGGUGAGCGCGCGCUGUCGAGCUACGUGUCGGUGCACGCGGAGAGCGGCAAGGUGUACGCGCUGCAGCCGCUGGACCACGAGGAGCUGGAGCUGCUGCAGUUCCAGGUGAGCGCGCGCGACGCUGGCGUGCCCGCCCUGGGCAGCAACGUGACUCUGCAGGUGUUCGUGCUGGACGAGAACGACAAUGCGCCUGCGCUGCUGGGGCCUCCCGGCGGCGGCGCGCGCAGCGAAGUGCUGUCGCGCUCGGUGGGCGCUGGCCACGUGGUGACCAAGGUGCGCGCGGUGGACGCGGACUCUGGCUACAACGCGUCUUCGUACGAGCUGCAGCCGGCGGCGGCCGGUGCGCGCAGCGCGUUCCGCGUGGGGCUGUACACGGGCGAGAUCAGCACCACGCGCGCGCUGGACGAGGCGGACGCCGCGAGGCAGCGCCUGUUGGUGCUGGUGAAGGACCAUGGCGAGCCGGCGCUGACGGCCACCGCCACGGUGCUGGUGUCUCUUGUGGACAGCAGCCAGGAGCCUAAGACUUCCCGGGUAUCUUUGGGUGUUGUUGGCCCAGCUACCUCGCUGGUGGGUGUGAAUGUGUACCUGAUCAUCGCCAUCUGCGCGGUGUCCAGUCUGUUGGUGCUCACGCUGUUCUCGUACACAGCCCUGCGGUGCUGGGCGGCGCCCGUUCAGGGCACUUGCACAUCUGGGAAGCCUGUGCUGGUGUGCUCCAGCGCGGUGGGGAGUUUGUCCUACUCCCAACAGAGGCGGCAAAGGGUGUGCUCAGGAGUGGUCCCAUCCAAUGCGGAUCUCAUGGCCUUCAGUCCUUGUCUUCCACAACCUCAAGAGGAUGGUUUAAAUCAUCUCAGCGAAGUGAACCUUCAAAAGCACAUUUUAUGUUUUGCAAGUUUCUUCUACAAAUGUAUUAAAAAGCUUCUCUUUGAUCAGAAUAUAAAACUUUUUACCUCUUUGCCUGGUUUGGAAGGCAUUAAAGUUCUAACAUUUGCUUCUCUUCCAAUAUCUCUUCCUUUGGAAUAUAGCAUAUGUUUAAUUGAUCAUUUUUGA